AAGAUCAGCAGCAGCAGCCAACAGCAGAGCAGAGAUUUGAGAUUUCGAACAGCAGCAGGGGGGAGACCAGAGCGCCCCCAUUUCGCGCGCCUCCCUAUAUAUACCACAGCCCCCGCGCAACUCCGGCGCAUUCUCCCCGCGCCCCGCCCGACAACUCCACUCCUCCCCGCCUGCGCUGCCCGAGCCCGAUCCGACGCCGCCCUGCUCUGCCCACGAUGCGGGAUCGGUAAUGGGGGUUGGCCAGUGCAGUGCUCCAGUGGCGAUCCGUCCCGGCGAACAAGAGUUGUUGAGUCGCCGGAGAGCUGCUGGUGGUGGUAUGCUAGCUGUUCCGGCGCCGAAUUCGCCGCGCAGCUUUCCAAAUUAACGGGGAAUAAUCUCGAUGAUGAUGAGAGAAAGGGAUAAGUUUUCCUACUAGAAUUAUUGCGCUUUCCAAACCCAUGCUAUUAGGAGCCUGUCAUUGCCACAGAAUUGGUCAGCUUCAGUUCUUAUUUUUAUUUUAAGAGAAAAAAGGGACGAGCUCUUCUCUUCCUCCCUGCAGUGGAUACUCUAAAUUCAGAUCCGGCCUCGUGGUUGGCUAUGUCGGUCGUCGCAGCACUCUGCAGGCUCUGAUUGCAUAUCGAGCCCUUGUGUCCUGAGCUUUGAAUAUUAACUGACCGUAACAGGAUAGCAUGAAGAGGGUUUCAUCCCAUGUUUCCAUUGCCUCAGAGGCAGAGAUCAAUCUUGAUCUUUCGCGGUUACUAAUUGACAAGCCAAGAUUCACGUUGGAGCGGAAGAGGUCGUUUGAUGAACAGUCGUGGAGCGAGCUCUCCCAUCGCCCAAAUGAUGGCUUUGAUAGUGUGAUGCAUUCACCUGCAUUCCCCACUGGUUUGGAUUCACCAUUCUCAAUGGGCACACACUUUGGCGAGCCAAGCGGGCCACACCCUCUUGUGAAUGAGGCAUGGGAGGCACUUAGGAAAUCUGUAGUAUAUUUCCGUGGCCAACCAGUUGGUACAAUUGCUGCAGUAGAUCAUGCAUCCGAGGAGGUUCUCAAUUAUGAUCAGGUUUUUGUACGGGAUUUUGUCCCUAGUGCAUUGGCUUUUCUGAUGAACAAUGAGCCCGAAAUAGUGAAGAACUUCCUCUUGAAAACUCUCCACCUGCAAAGCUCAGAGAAAAUGGUAGACCGGUUCAAGCUUGGGGCAGGAGCAAUGCCUGCAAGUUUCAAGGUGGACCGAAACAAAAGCAGAAACACUGAAACAUUAGUUGCAGAUUUUGGUGAGAGCGCGAUUGGCAGGGUGGCACCUGUGGACUCUGGAUUUUGGUGGAUUAUUCUCCUCCGGGCGUAUACAAAGUAUACUGGAGAUGUUAGUUUGUCUGAAUCACCUGAUUGUCAGAAGUGCAUGAGGCUGAUUCUGAAUCUCUGCUUAUCUGAGGGAUUUGAUACUUUCCCAACUCUGCUCUGCACAGAUGGUUGCUCAAUGAUUGAUCGGCGAAUGGGUAUAUAUGGUUACCCUAUUGAGAUCCAAGCUCUAUUCUACAUGGCAUUAAGAUGUGCUCUUCAAAUGCUUAAGCCGGAUGGUGAAGGGAAGGAGUUCAUAGAGAAGAUAGGGCAACGGCUACAUGCAUUAACCUACCACAUGAGAAAUUACUUCUGGCUAGAUUUCCCACAUCUAAAUAACAUUUAUAGAUACAAAACAGAGGAGUACUCCCACACUGCUGUUAACAAAUUCAAUGUCAUUCCGGAUUCAAUCCCCGACUGGGUGUUUGAUUUCAUGCCAUGCCGAGGAGGCUACUUUCUUGGCAACGUCAGCCCUGCUAUGAUGGACUUCAGGUGGUUUGCUCUUGGAAAUUGCAUUGCCAUUAUAUCAUCUCUGGCUACUCCAGAGCAGUCGUCUGCAAUAAUGGAUUUGAUCGAGGAGCGGUGGGAUGAGCUAGUGGGCGAGAUGCCUCUGAAGAUAUCCUAUCCUGCAAUUGAGAACCAUGAGUGGAGAAUAAUCACAGGCUGUGACCCCAAGAAUACCCGCUGGAGUUAUCACAACGGAGGAUCUUGGCCAGUUCUUCUAUGGCUGCUAACAGCAGCCUGCAUCAAGACUGGGCGGCCACAAAUGGCGAAGCGCGCCAUUGAGCUCUCGGAGGCCAGGCUUCUCAAGGACGGAUGGCCCGAGUACUAUGAUGGCAAGCUGGGAAGGUUCAUCGGCAAGCAGGCAAGGAAGUUCCAAACAUGGUCUAUUGCCGGGUACCUCGUCGCCCGAAUGAUGCUUGAGGACCCGUCGACGCUCAUGAUGAUCUCCAUGGAGGAGGACCGGCCUGUGAAGCCGACGAUGCGGCGCUCAGCGUCAUGGAAUGCCUGAAAAUCAGGGUGGUUUUUUUCUGGAGAAAAUUUUACUGUCCAAUGUCAUAGAGAUGGUGUCUGUCCAAACAUGAACAGAAAAAAGGAGUCCAAAGUUGGUUGUAAUUGUACUCUGUCAAUUAGGGGGCAGAGGUGUAUACCGUAGAUGAUCAUAUGAGUCACACAGCAUUUCCUUGUGAGUCAUUUGGUUUAGCUGCAAAAAAAAAACCACACGUGAAGCUUUGUGUCCUGGUGAAACCUUGAUUUUUUUUUGAAUAAAAUACUUGAUUCCUUAUCUGUUUGAA